AUGGAAUCUGCCGGUUUGCGGGGGCGCAAUGCAAGUAUACUCAAGCUCAAUAAUCAACCUAUCGAGGACUUUGGUAGCGAUGCAAGUGAGGACGGCGAUGAACCUCCUAGGUACACGAUCGAUCUGUCUCUUCCACCCCGAAAGCGUUAUCAGCACAUAGCAGCGGACUUCAAACCACAAAUAGCAACGUUGCCCAUUCUCUUCGACGAAAUCGUUAAGGAUCUACGCGCGAAUAUCUCCGUCGAAAGAGUAAGAUGGCUAGCGCGUCUCCUACUUCGGCGAGUGUACAAUAAAGAAGAGAAUGAGGAGCUUCGGGGUAUACAGGAGACUACUGGCGUAGAGAUGUAUCUCUUAGUAGCCUUUAACGUCUUACUUGACCUGUUCAUGGGUUGCACCAGUGGAGCCGUGAGAGUGAAAGACGAUGACAAAAACACAAAGAUGCUACAUUUCCGUACGCUAGAUUGGGGUAUGGAUGCUUUGAGAAAGGUCAUUGUCCAUCUAGACUUCGUCGAAAAGCCAGGCGGAGAGGUCAUUGCCUCGAGCAUCACGUACAUUGGCUACGUCGGGGUGCUGACUGGCGUCAGAAAGGGUUUGAGCGUGUCUCUCAACUUUAGGCCAAGCCAUGACUGCAGCGGCAGAUUCUCCAAUUUCCGAUUCUAUUCCCAUCACCUUCUCGUUCUUCUUGGCUUUCAGCCCUCAAUAUCUUCGUUACUGCGGGGCUAUCUUUUACCUACUUUGCCAUCCGACACCUCUUCAAUUGAUAUUUUAGCGCUGGAGUCCAUCAAACGCGAUCUUCCAAGUGUCCCGACUACUGCAGCGUAUUUGAUCUUUAGCGACGGCGAAAAUACUCUCACCAUAGAAAAAGACCAUCAUACUGCCGUCAUCAGGUCAGCAACCGACUUCAUCGUUGCUACCAAUCACGAUGCGGCUGAAGAGAACACGAAUCAAUCCUUGAAAGCCACUCACAAAGAUUCUUUCAAGACUCUCCUGGACGGUAUAGUCGUAGAGAGUAUCGACCGUAAGAAGACGGCGGUGAACUUGUGGGAGACAGCUUUGAAAAGAGCCAAACGGAACUCAUCGAAGAAAGUCAGCACGCACGAACAGGGCGUUACCAAAGACAGCAUCAUUCGGUGGUUGAGUUCUUCUCCAAUCCUGAAUGAAGAAACACAUUUCGCAACUGUGAUGGAUCCGAAAGAUGGAAAAGUGGUCUGGACUAAGCGAUAUAUCGAACCCUUCGAAUAG